UUGCGAUUGGUUUACACGCGAGUAAUUCCACGUUUUUUAUUGGCUACGUUGUCUUUUUUUUGUUGAGGUCGAAGCGAGGGGUAUGGUUCUGAGCGGAACGUGUGUCCGAAGGAGACGGUGCUGGGCGGAAACACAAAAACGUGCAUCUUUUCAGCACCGCGCGCUGUGGAUAGCGGGGAAUUUACCGGACGCCGCAGAGGGACAGAGGGACGGUUCGCGGUUUCCAUCCGGCCGAGCGCGAUCCCCAUCCUACCACUCACCCUCAGAGCGGGAAGCUGCUGCGGGUCCAGGAAGUUUGUGUUCGUUUUUUGGCGAGUGGCAGGUUUUGGGGGUAUUUUAGGACAGAGAAGCCGCGCUUCUCGCUCUCUUCAACGGGCUUCUGGCUGUUCGCCGUCGGCGGUGAAACCAGAAACAGCCAGAAAACGGAAACGACUCGGCGGGGCGGGAUACUGGCGGGGCGGUAAUAGGGAGAGGGGGCAGCUCUCACUAGGUUCCCCAGUCUGGCGUGAUUUGCUUUCUUUCGUCUUUUUUUAAUCAUAAUUUUUAUUCGGUGGGAACCAGGAUCGGGCCAGCCGGGAAUAACCAACUCUAAACUGAGAGAAAACCGCGCUUUUCUCCUCAGUUUUACCUCAGAGUGACCGUCCGAGCCGCUGCCCCCCGUAUCGCCCCCCGUAUCGGCUCCAUUGUUAUUCCCGUCGCUGCCCGACCUCGGAUCGCACUCCUCCUCUCCCCACACCGCCUUUUUCGUCCCAGGCUCCGUUUCUCCGGUCCGCUCCACGCAGCCAUGUGCUCCCGAGUGUGGUUCAUCACCGACCGGCGGAUCAACCAGGAGUACCCGCAGGUGCAGAUCCUGCGGGCGCUGAAGCAGCGCUGCGCCGAGGAGGACGUCGAGUUCCGCUCCAUGCUGCUGGACCAGAUCGUACUGACCGUGACCGACGGCCAGCUGGGGUUGCGCGUGGACCAGGAGCUGGUCACCUCAUACCCACAGGUGGCUGUGGUGCGGGUUCCCACUCCGUGGGUGCAGUCUGACGGCGACAUCACCGUGCUGCGUCACCUGGAGAAGCUGGGCUGCCGCCUCAUCAACCGGCCACAGGCUAUACUCAACUGCGUCAACAAGUUCUGGACUUUUCAGGAGCUGGCAGGCCAUGGGGUGCCCCUGCCAGACACCUUCUCCUAUGGGGGACACGAGAACUUCAGGAAGAUGAUUGACGAAGCCGAGCCACUGGGUUACCCUGUUGUGGUGAAAAACGCCCGUGGUCACAGAGGGAAGGCAGUGUUCCUGGCCCGGGACAAACACCACUUGACUGACCUCAGCCACCUGAUCCGGCACGACGCACCCUACCUCUUCCAGGAGUACGUCAAGGAAUCACACGGCAGGGACGUGCGAGUGGUGCUGGUGGGGGGGCGGGUCAUCGGCUCCAUGCUGCGCUGCUCCACAGAUGGACGCAUGCAAAGCAACUGCUCCUUGGGAGGCGUAGGGAUGAUGUGCCCUCUGAGCGAGCAGGGAAAGCAGCUCGCCGUGCAGGUGUCCAACAUCCUGGGCAUGGAUGUGUGCGGCAUUGACCUGCUGCAGCUCAACGACGGCUCCUUCGUGGUGUGUGAGGCCAACGCCAACGUGGGCUUCAUUGCCUUCGACCAGGCCUGCGGGAUGGAUGUGGCGGGCAUCGUGGCAGACUACGCCCUCUCUCUGCUGCCCAGCCGCCUCACACGCAAGAUGUCGCUGCUUUCAGUGGUGUCCAGCACCAGUGAGACCAGCAGCGAGCCAGAGGUGUGCCCGCCGCCCAGCGCCCUGCCAGAGGCCGUGUGUACCAUGAGCGUGGGCUCCACUUCCAGCGAAAGUGACCCGGAGCUGGGAGAACCCCGCCAUGCAGCAGCACCUGAGCUCCCUGCCCUCCCUGACACUGCAUACAACAUCAACACCCUCCUUGCCAACGAGAUCAAACUGUUCACUGAGUGAGCUAGAUUACCUCUGAGUGCAAGACACACACACACACACACACACACACACACACACACACACACACACGCACACACACACACACGCACGCAUGAACAUGCAUACAGACAUAGCCCUGACUUCCUGGAAUAGAUGCAUACCUGUGACCGGGGCUGAGAAACAUCUACAUACGCAUGUUGAAGCAAACACACUCGCAUGAGCCAACAUUUCAAGGAGAAAAAAAGAGACAUGACCACAUCACCUCAUAGACAUGCCGAUAAGAAAGAAGAGUGCACGCAUGCGCCUCCUCAGUGUCAGACGUGACCCCCCUCCGGCUUCCCAAGAUCUGAGGCUGCUCCCCUGAUGUGCCCCCCCCCCUUCAAAAAGUAAAACACACUGACUUUGUAGUGCAGCUUGACUGCAAAACUUGGGCAUAUAGUCUAGUUGUAUGGACUGGCUGCUACAUUUUGAAUCAUUUGCAUAGUUGAGGAUUUUAAAACAUGCAACAAAUGGUCUCAAGAGGGUUUGUAAGAACACUCACCAACAGAGUGUAACCUUAAACCACACCAGAUCUACCUGGAUUUUGGUAACAAGACAUUACUGACACAGCAGGCAAUUGCACAGUUGUCCCACAGAAAACCAACAAGUUGGCUUGAUUUCCAUGAACUGGAGUGUUUUGCAAUGAGUGUUGUCGCAUGAAAAGCGAGACAUCGCCUGGUUAUUGGCAGUUUCUACAGUCAGACCCCCGCUGACCCACACCACUGCAGGCGAUUUUAUUGCUGAGAUAGUCUUUAGGACUGGUGGCCCCACCUGUAGGUCAGUCCCCAUGAACAAAAUAAACACCAGCUCUAUGUGGGGACAGUGGAACAGGGAGGGAUGUUUACUAUUUUACUCAGAUCUUAGCAGGCAGCUUUAGUAUAAAUGGCCACUAAUGGCUUGAAAUGCAUGAGUAAGAUAAAAAGUUUAAAAACUUGUUUGCCAUAAUGCAGCCCCUUAAUGAGCCAUUUGACGUCACAAAGAAGGUCUUAAUUUCUUUCAUUUUUCUAAGCACUUUAAGAGCAACAGACAAAUUGCAAGAACUGAAGAAAAUUAUAGUCACAUAGGGAAUUGGAACCCAGCCUUGUCGGGUAGAUAAAAACUUUACCAUUCCAAAUUGUCACAAACCUCAAAAAUGGAAUUUUCACUUAGCCCACUUCCAUACAGUACUUUCUAAAUAUGCUAACAUACAAGCCCACAUUGCUUAUUUCCCAAAAUCAGCUUGUUUGCCAUUUAAAACAUGGGGAUGUAUAAUAUUUUGUGUAAUACCAGUAACUCAGUGUUAUUGGGUAGUUAUGCUUAAAUCAUUGCCAGAACUCUGAAUCCAUUUACAUAUGGAAGCUAUUGGCUUCAAAAAGUUUGAUCUUACUCCAACCAAACAAUUGGGAUUAUAGAGUGUCAGUUUGUCCUAAUGUGGUUAUUUGGCCAACUAUUAAGUUGAUGGAGGAACUAUAUGUUUUUUUGUUUUUGUUGUUUUUUUUUUUUUUUUACUUAAGUCUGACAAAUAAAAUUGUAAAGAAAAACAAGCUUUUGUUACUGUUAAUUUUUACAUUAUUGUUAUGUGUUCUCUCCCUGACCUGUUGGAUUUUCAGAUGACAGUUUGCAUUAUAUGUUGUUUAACCCCAACCUCUCUACAUUAGCAUAAGCAAAACUGGAAGUCCUUGUGUAUGGUGAUCUCGUACGAUGGACCAAACAAGCAGCUAAUCGCUUCCACAGGUGUGUGUGCUAAAGCAGUGUGCAAGGAUGUCACCCUGGACAUGCAGUUAAGACCAAACUCAGGGGAAGCAGCCUGGAUCUCCCUUACACCCCCUAAGGCAUGAGCAUAUCCUUCAGAGACUGAGAUCUGCUUAGCUAACG